UGCAGCACAGCACCUGCUGGCUUUAGUGCAGCGAGCCCGCGGAGCCAUCGCGGCUGCAUCAAACUGAGCUCGGGCGUCGCAUAGAUCAUAAAAAAGCAGCCACAAGCAGCGUCAGCGCGCGGCAGCGACGCACACGCGCUGGGACAGGCAGCCUGCACGCUGCACCCAAAACAAGAGCCAUGCUGCUCCGCCACGCGCGCCGCUGGUGGCCCCUCGUCGUGCUUAGGAGGGCCUCGGCGCUGGCCGCCAACGAGCAGUGGACCAAGGUCGACGUCGGCGGCAAGACGGCGAAGCUCCGCGUCGACUACUUCGACACUCCGAUGAAGCAGCCGAAGGCGAAAAAGGGGAAAAUAGCGGACCGCACGGGGUGCCGGCCGUGGCCCGUCGCGCGGCCGCUGCUGGCGCAUCUGUGUGCGGAUGUCAUUCCGGACCUGGAACGCGACUUGGGCCGGCCGCCACGCGUGCUCGAGCUCGGAAGCGGCGUUGGUUUGUUGGGCGUCGGGUUGGCGAUGACGACUGAUUGCGACGUUACCUUAACCGAUCCUGAUAUCGAGACGAACUUCUCCGACGGUACCCGCAUGUCGACGCUCGAGUGGCUCCAGCGGAAUAUCGAGCUCAACGUGGACUCGAAGCGCGCGCGGGCGAAACGCCUGGUCUGGGGCAGCGUCGACGACGCGAGGGCGCUCCUGCGCGACGGCGGCUUCGAUCUGUUGGUCGGGAGCGACUUGUUGUACGACACCGCGAACUACGGCCCGCUCGUCGACUCGAUCGUGGCCCUCGCGCCGGCGCGCGGCGCCGUCCUCGGCUACGUGACGCGCCACGGCGCCGAGGGGGACCUCGCCGAGCUCGCGGCGGCGCGCGGCUUCGUCGCGGAAUCGAUUCCGCUCGUCGGCGAGGGCCUCACGAAGGCCGCGACGGCGACAGCGCUGACGAGGCGUUGA